UGCUCAAGGAGCGCGGCCCGCGCUGGCGGCAGCUCGGGGGGGGCGCUGCUGGGGGCGGGGCUGGCGCUGCUCACCUGCGGCCCCCACGCGCUGCACUCGCUGGGCACCACGCUGGGCACCUGGGCCCUGCUCGCCUGCCUGCCCCGGCGCUGCGGGGGCGCCGCCCUGCUCUGGGUGUUCGGCUACCUGCUGUUCUUCCGCACCGCCCGCCUCUGGGGGCUGCCCGAGCCCCCUCCCCACGCCAACGCCCUGCAGCUGCUCGUCACCCUCAAGAUGGCCAGCCUGGCCAGCGACACGCAGGAGCUGCGGGAGGCGGAGCUGAAGGGGGUGACGUCAGAGGAGACGCGGCUGCUGAUUGGCUCGCUGCGGCGCGUGCCCAGCCUGAUUGACAUCCUGUGCUACAGCUACUGCUACCUGGGGCUGCUGACAGGUCCGUUCUACCGCCUGGGCACGCACCUGGACUGGGUGUGGGGCCCGCCCGGCCCCCCGGCGCUGCGGCGGCUGCUGCGCCACCUGCGCUGGGCGCCCGUGCUGGCCGUGCUGGGGGUGCAGGUGGGCCGGGCGUGGCCGGCGGGCGCCGCGCUGAGCCCCGACUUCGCGGCGCGGCCGUGGGCGGCGCGGCUGGCGCUGAUGGUGCCCGUGUUCCUGGCGCUGCGCCUGCGCCUCUACGUGGGCUGGCUCUGCGCCGAGGCCGGCUGCGUGGCCGCGGGGCUGGGCGCGUACCCCAAAACCGCCAGGGCGAAACCGGGACAGGGACCCACGGUGCUGUGGGAGCGCCCCAAAACGAGCGCCGAGCUCCCCGAGGAUCAGUGGGAUUUCGAGGCCAUCCGCACCGUGGACCCCUGGGGCACCGAGGUGGGCCGGCGCUUCCGGGGGGGGCUGCGGCGCUGGAACAUGACGGUGCAGUGGUGGCUGGCGGCCUACGUGCACCGCCGGGGCCCCCGCCAGUACCCCCUGCUCAGGAACGCCUGGACCAUGCUGGCCUCAGCCUACUGGCACGGGCUGCACGGCGGGCAGUACCUGUCCUUCCUGACGGUGCCGCUGUGGCUGGCGGCCGAGGCGGCGGCCGAGGAGGCGCUGCGCCGCCAUUUCGGGGUGCCCCUGGAGCGCCUGGGCGGCUGGAAGGGCUCGGCGCUCAGGGCGGCGCAGUGGUUCCUCAAGAUGAGGGCGUUCGAGUACCUCAGCAUGGGCUUCGUGCUGCGGGAGGCGGCGGCCACGCUGCGCUUCUGGGCCUCGGUGCACUUCUGCCUCCACAUCGUGCCCCUGCUCAUCCUCCUCACGGCGGCGGCGGCGGGACGGGGCGGGAAGGGGCGGCAAGAGCGGCCUGAGGGGAGGGGAAAAGGGCGGGAAGAGGGGAGGGAAAAAGGGCGGGAAGAGCAGCCUGAGGGGAGGAAAAAAGGGCGGGAAGAGGGGCGGGAAAAAGGGCGGGAAGAGCAGCCUGAGGGGAGGGGAAAAGGGCGGGAAGAGGGGCGGAAAAAAGGGCGGGAAGAGCAGCCUGAGGGGAGGAAAAAAGGGCGGGAAGAGGAGCCUGAGGGGAGCGGCGGGGCAGGGGACGCGCAGAAUUGA